AUGCCAGUAUCUGACGUUAGACAAACUGCUGUCAGCCUGACGAACUUACAGAUCAAAGACAUCGCUAGUUUGCAGUUAAGCUCACCACAAACUGUAACUACGCUCACCAAAUCAACGAAAAGUCCUAUAAUGUCAGCGUCGGCUAAUGUCCUGGGGAAACAAGGAAAUCAAAACGCUGCGGCACUUUCCGCUGAGGAGGCAAUCGUUAAUCUACUUGAACGUACAAAAUAUACAUAUGUACAAGAGAAUGGUCAAAGGCGUUAUGGACCUCCUCCUAACUGGAAAUGUGAAGCACCGCCAAGAGGCUGUGAAGUGUUUAUCGGUAAAAUUCCUAGAGACUGCUUUGAAGAUGAACUUAUUCCUGUAUUUGAGCAGAUUGGACCAAUUUAUAUGUUUCGAUUAAUGAUGGAAUUUAAUGGUACAAAUAGGGGUUUUGGGUUCUGUGUAUACACAACUAGGGAAGAUACGAAACGUGCAGUCCAGGAACUCAACAACUACGAAAUUCGAAAGGAAAAACCAUUGGAGUAUGUCUGA